CGCGCUCAAUGAAACUGUGGCUGCGGAAGGAUGCGGAUAAAGAUAAAACAAGCUGGUCGCUAAACAAAAAAGAACAAGGAACGUGUUUUCAGCUGAACAUUACGGAAAAGAUUUUACACAUUUCUCCGGAGUAGAAACGGGUCUUAAAACACAGAACAUCAUGGAGACCGCUGUGCUGAGCCUCCAGGGUUUAUAUGAUAAGCUGAGGACCCAAAUUGACGUCCUCAACGAGAACAUUGAACCCAACUUCAUUCAGAUGGCACAAAACUUUGAUAAUUGCCGUCGCAAAUGGCUGAGGGCAGAGCAGGACCUAGGGUCUUGUAAAGAGAUUCUCACCAAAACCGAGACAGAGAGGGGAGCCUUGGAGGUCAAACUGAAACAUGCCCGCAACCAAGUAGAUGUGGAGAUCCGGCGCAGACAAAAGGCUGAGGCUGACUGCGAGAAGUUGGAUCGUCAAAUUCAGUUGAUUCGGGACCUCCUGACCAGUGAAGGAUCCACCAACAGCAUCCAGCUGAGUGCAGAGCAGCGCUCAGCUCUGGCAUUCCUGAACACAAACUGUCAGGCAGCAGCCAACCUGAAUACUAGCCGGAGACUGAUGACGAUAGAUGAGUCCGCCUCUAUCUUGUCAGACAUCAGCUAUGACAAAACGGAUGACUCUCUUGAUUGGGACUCCUCCACUGUGAGGACGGUGCGACUUAAGAAACGAGAAAAAAGGCGUUCUUCCAGAAAUCAUGUGGAUGGUCCUCCAGUUGCCUCCAAAAGGUCCCGAUCAACAGGCAGAACUUCAGAGAGGGGAAAUGAGACCCUGGUGACAAAGACCACAGUGACUGUCCCUGCAAAUGGAGGACCUGUUGAGGCAGUUUCUACCAUCGAGACAGUUCCUUACUGGACUCGCAGCAGGAGAAGGACUGCUGCCAUGGAGUGGGACUCUGAAUCUGUCAAGUCUGAGGAUGUCUUCAAGCAGCCUGCCAACCCUGAGGGAGAGAUAAGAGCCCAGCCGAGCACUCCGCAGAGCAAUGGAGGUGUCCGUCUUCACGAGUUUGUCUCCAAAACGGUCAUUAAGCCUGAAUCCUGUGUGCCCUGUGGGAAGAGGAUCAAGUUUGGCAAGAUUUCACUCAAGUGCCGUGACUGCAGGGUGGUGUCGCACCCCGAGUGUCGUGAGCGUUGCCCUCUGCCAUGCAUCCCCAAUCUGGGUGCCACACCAGUCAAAAUCGGGGAGGGCGUGCUUGCAGACUACGUCCCCGACAUGUCACCCAUGAUUCCUCCUCUCGUGGUCCACUGCAUUAGUGAGAUAGAGCAAAGAGGCCUGCAUGAGGCUGGACUUUACCGUCUGUCCGGUGCAGAUCGCACAGUGAAGGAUCUGAAGGAGAAGUUCCUCCGCAGCAAAACCGUUCCCGUGCUGAGCAAAGUGGACGAUAUCCACGCCAUCACUGGCCUCCUCAAGGACUUCCUGAGGAACCUCAAGGAGCCUCUUCUCACCUUCCGCCUGAACCGUCCCUUUAUGGACGCAGCCGAGGUUUCAGAUGAUGACAACAGCAUAGCUCUGAUGUACCAAACCAUUGGUGACCUGCCACAGCCCAACAGAGACACACUGGCUUUCUUAGUUCUUCACCUUCAGAGAGUUGCUGACAGUUUGGACACAAAGAUGGACAUCCGUAACCUGGCUAGAGUUUUUGGCCCAACUAUUGUGGGUCAUGCCGUUCCCAACCCAGACCCUAUGACAAUCCUACAGGACACCAAACGACAGCCUAAGGUUGUGGAGCGUCUCUUGGCUCUGCCCGUGGGUUACUGGGGCCAGUUUGUGAUGGCAGAAAAUGAGCAGCCAAACUUGGACCAUCUGAUCAUCGAGAACGCAAACUGCUAUGCCACCCCUGAGAGAGCGAGCAUGCUGGGACCUCUGACUACUCCAGAGCACCAUCUCAAUAAAACCCCCUCCUCCAGCUCUUUGUCUCAGCGCAUGAAGUCCACGCUGACACCCAGAUUUGGGAGCAAGAGCAAAUCAGCAGUCGGAUUCUCUCGCCAAGGAAAAUUCUUUGCAUCUCCGCUCCUCAAAUAAUCCAAAGCUACACGUAACUUUUAUUCAUACUGCAAUAACACAUAACAAGGUACUGCCUUAAUAACAGCUAUAAACGCCUCCAUCUUAGUCUUCCUCUAUAUACUUAUAAUCGUUUAAAUAUUUCACAAUGGUAAGAUUUGUAUUUUGAUGAUUUUACGUGUUUGUAAAAGGAUUGUGUUUUUUUUUUUUUAACCAAAUAGUAGGUUUUUCCUAUCUAUGCACACUUGUGGCUUUAGAGGAUGCUUUUGCUAAAUAUUUAACAUGACACUCUCACAUCCCAUUAUAACACAUGAGAAUGUACUGUAUAUUUACUAUGUUUGAGAAGUGUGAUCAUAGAUGAAAAUAUGUACUGUAAAUGCACAGUUUGGUUGUGAUGUGCUUCUAAAUCUAAUCAUUUUUUUUUAGUUUUUCAACUCAUGUGUCACUCAGAAGUUGAAGAGCCCAUUCUUAGGCAUUUCAUUUUAAGUUGUAAUUGAAUGUCAUUCUUGCUUGUGUUUAUCUUUUAGUUUUGAUGUUUGUAUUUCAUUUCUAAUCCAUGUUUAGAGUCACAAAUGCCCUAUCCUUUUUCAUAUAUUAAGUACAGACAGUAUUUAUAAGACCUCAGUGGGAAGUUCUUGGUCUUAAUCUGUAAGAUUUACAGGGCGUGAUAUUAUUGGUGAUCGUCAUCAAUCUCUUGAGAAAGGGGACAUUUUUAAAUCUUGCUGCCAUUUUGUUUGACAGUGUAUCAUGCACUAACAGGGAUCACCAGGAAGAUUGUUCACUGGUUUAUGUCACCUGCUGUAAUCUCUGUCAGAUCAUUUUGCUCUUUCAAUGUUUAAAGCUCUGUGUAAUGUUUGUACCAUGGGAGGCAAAAGGCAUUCCUUAGUAAGAUUAGCCAGUUCAGUUACUGUGGCAUUAUUUGAUUAACUAUUAGUGCAAGUUUUGUAAACAAAUACUCUUUAAAAUUUAUGUCACUUAUAAAAUACAUCCCUAACAUUUA